AUGUUGUCUUCCACAGCUGAUUUACGUAUUGGAACUGAUAAAAUCAAUAUAGCACACAUUGAAGCAUUGGUUAGUGAUGGGUGUCAUACAAAACUCGAUCAUGAUCUUACGAUAAGUGACAUUAACCCGAAAGAUAGACAGAAUUUUAACUCGUGCAUCAAGACAAUAUCAGAGGACGUAAUAAAACUUUUGGUUGAUCGUGAUGAGACGAAUGGAACCGUCAUUUACUUAACUUUAAUUAAAAUGAUAGUGAAUGCUUAUAUUAAUAGAGAAACAUCCAUUCGUGAACUGAAACAAAAACAUUUACCUAAACAGGCUUUAAUUAAUAUAAAUCUUUUUUCAUCGCAGCCAUGCGAAUCAAUUUUUCGUGCUGCACGAUCAUUAAGUGGCUCUUUUUCUACCAUGGUAAACUUUACUGUGAAAAAUUUUGUUCAACGUGCACAGAAGUUAUGCAUAUUAAAUCAAAUCAAGCACAAUCAAUUGAAUAAUGGUUUGUCAUUUCCACUCCAUCACAAGCAUAAACAUGAUGAUUUAUUGACAGCGGCAGAUAAUUUAGAUGAGAUAGAUACGUUGGAUCUUGAGCAAAUUAUAUCAGAUGCAUACGAACAAGCAAUCAAUAUCGUGCAUCAUUCAAACAUGUUGCUAGAAUUAGAAGAAAAUGAUAUAAUUAAUUUGGAAACUUUAAGUAAAUUUACAUACAACAGCUUAAAGAAGAGUUCAAAAAUGUUCGGCCAUUCAUCACAAGCAACAACCUAUAUCAAUGAAGAACUAGAAUCCGAUGAUGAUGGAGAUGAUGAAGAUGAUAAUGAUGGAGAAGAUGAGCUUUACAAUCAUUUAUUAGCUUUUGAAGACAAUGAUGACAAUAAUGAAAUAGAGGUAUUAAACACAACAAAAUCAAAUUUUGAUGGAAUUAAACUUGUUGAUUGUAUUAAUCCUGCUCUGAAACACUCGUAUUUUAGGGUCAAAUUAAAGGAUAAAACUAAAUAUCUUCAUAAACAAUCAGCAUGUUGGCUGUUAUCCAACACAAAAACAAAGUUAUCAAGUGAUCGUGUAUCUCGAGUAAUGCAACAAACGAGCAGUAUUAACUGA